CGCGGGGCGGGCCCACGUCUGCGUGACAGUUGUCGUGGGGGGAGGGUGAGCCCAGGCGAUGCGGAGGGAGUGUAAAUAGAGCGAAGGCGGCACCGCAUCGGCCCCGCCACCUCACGGCGACCUGCGAAGAGCCCCGGAGUAAGAUGGAAGAUGAGCAACAGCAGCGGCGCAGAAAAGUGGAGGCCGGGAGAGCGAAGCUUGCUCACUUCCGACAGAGAAAAACAAAAGGUGACUGUGCGCAUUCGAAGAAAACGCCGGCGAAGAGGAAGGGCGCGGCUGUCGAUGCGCCUGACCAGGAGGAGAGUCCGGUAGCUGAGGCCGAGGCCAGCGGACUCCUGGGAGGCCGGGACGUUGGCAAGAACACGUCGUGCAGCGACACCCCUGAUGGCGCAGGAGUCCCUCAGCUGCAGGAGCCCGGUGGAGCAGGGACGCCGCAGAAGCUGGAAGGCGACGGUCCGGAGCAGCCUGGGGUAAUGACGAAGGAGCUGGAGCUGGAAGUGCUGCGCCUGAGCUUGAGCGACAUGCACACGGCGCGGCUGGAGCUGACGCAGGCGCACCUGCAGCGCGAGAAGGAGGCGGCGCUGGCCGAGCUGCGUGCCGAGCUCGCCGGGCGGCACGCGCAGGAGCGGGCCCUGCUUCAGAGCCGCGCGUGCCGGGAGCUGGAGCUGGUCCGGGAGGAGGCAGCUGAGCUGAAGGAGAAGCUACAAUCAGAAAUGGAGAAAAAUGCCCAGAUGAUAGAGACCCUGAAGCAAGACUGGGAAUCCGAGAGAGACUUGUGCUUAGAAAACCUACGCCAAGAAUUAUCGGAAAGGCAUCGGUCAGAACUGGAGAAUUUACAAAACCAGUUUAAGAAAGAAUUGGCAGAACAGAAGGCUGAGUUGGAGAAGGUUUUUCAAGACAAAAAUCAGGCUGAAUUUUCCCUUCAGACUCAGGAGGCUCAGCACGAGGCGGCCCUGAGCAAGUUACGCGCGGACCUGCAGCUGGAACACUGCCAGUACGUGGAAGACCUGGAGCUGAAAUUCAGAGAAAAGGAAAAGGAAAAGCAGCUUGAGUUGGAGGACCUGCACGCCUCGUACACAGAGCUGCAGGCCCAGUCACAGGAGGAGAUCCGGCGCCUGGGGGCCCAGCUGGAGUCUGCGAGGUCCAGCGGGCAGGAGCCGAGCGAGUUACCCAAGCAGCUCCUGGCCCGAGCGUCUCACGUGGAGGGGCUGGAACACCUGACGUGGGACUUAGAGCAGCAGCAGCAGCAGCAGGAGAGAACCAGGCAUGAGUCUGAACUGGAACAGCUGAGAAUCUCUUCUGAAGAGAAGUUGAGGGAGGCUGAGAGGGGCCACCAGGAGGACCCGACCCUGUUACACCAGCGGCUGCAGGCCGGGAAGGACAGCUCCCCGCCGGAGGCUGUGGGAAUCAGUGCCUGUUCAGAAGAGACGUCUGAAGGAGAAGGAAGAGACCGUCUUGAUGAACUUGGCCUUCAGCUGGAGCAGCACGAGGAGCCCCUGGGGUUGCACACACAGCUAGAAGAAAACCACCAGCACCAGCUAGCAGCGGGGAAGUCCUCCCAGGAAGUCCAGCAGGAGGCGGGCCUCGCGGGGACCCAGGUGUUGGAAGGGGAGCAGCAUGCGGGGCCUUCGGAAGAGCCCGGCCAAGAGCUCGCCCAGGUGCCCCUCCUGUGUGCACACAGCACGGCCUUGGAGGUGGCAGCCGGAGACUUGGGUCUGGAAACCAUGCACAAGGCUCAUCUCCUGCUUCUUCUCACGGAGCUCAAGGAAGAAAUCGACCUCUUAAAAGUAGAAAAUAGAAAUUUACACGAGAAAUUGCAGCAUGAAAUCCGCCUAGAAGAGGACUCUGAGCAAGUGAAAUGUACUUCAGUUGAAGCCCACCAGGAAGCACUGAAGAGCGCUAAGGAGAAGCUUGAGCUAAUGAGACGAAAACUCGGCGAGAGAGAGGCUGAGGGGAAGGUCACGAGUGAGGACCCGAGGAGAGGGGACGAAGAGAGGCUGACGCAGCUGCUCCUCGAGCUGCAGGAGCAGGCUGAGUCCGAGAAGCUGUCCAUGAUGCACAGGUUUGAGCUUCGAGAAGCCGAACUGAGGCAGCUGCAGGACCAGCAGGCGGCCCAGAUCCUGGACCUGGAGGGGUCGCUGGCGGAGCAGCAGGGCCGCCUGAGGCAGCUGGAGCUGGGGCUCUCGGGGGACGAGUCUCUGCAGUGCAGCCAGUGUGGCCGGGAGCUGGGCGGUGGUCUGGCCCCCAUGGACCGGGACCACCUGAAGGAGGACUGUGCCCUCCAGCUGAAGCUGGCCCAGAGCAGGUUUCUAGAAGAACGUCGAGAAAUCACAGAGAAAUUCGCCGCAGAGCAAGACGCCUUCCUGCGGGAGGCCCGGGAGAAGCACGCCCGCGAGCUCCAGCUGCUCCAGGAGGGACACCGGCAGCACGUCCUGUCUCUGACCGCGGAGCUGGAGACCCGGCACCAGGCCGAGGUGGACGCGCUGAGGGCUUCUGUUGAGCGGGAGUGGGGGGCUCUCGCAGAAGCCCGUGUGGCCGAGCUGCAGACAAAACACGCUGCGGAAAUCAGUGCUUUGGAGACCAGACACGCGUCACGCCUGUACGCUCUGGAGUCGCGUUACCUGUCUGAGAUGCAGACCUUGCGGGGCCUGGAGCUGCCGGGCCUGGAGGAGCAGCUGCAGAAAGAGGGUGCUUCUCACCACGUGGUCUUGACUUGGGUGUUAGAGAAGCUGAAGCUGAAACACGAUGAAGAGCCUCAGUCCACAGAGGACGGCCUGAGAGCGGGAGUGAACACAGAGCACGUGGAGGGUGUGAGAGCCUCUCGGCUGCGCGGAGCUCGCCAGCAGGGCACGUCGGUUCCUGCGGAGCUGGAAGAGGAGAAGGAGAAGCAGCGGGUCUGCUGUCAAGAGGAGAUUGAACUGCUGACGUGUCAGUCAGAGGCGCUGCUGGAGCAGCAGAUCACACAGUUAAAGGGUGAAUUUGAAAGUGAAAAGAAAGCUGCUUUGCAUGAAAAAGAGGCGAUACAUAAACUUGAGCGUGAGCAGGCACAGUCUCUUCACCAAAAAGAGAAAGAGUCUUUGUCUCUGCAGCUUCAGGAGAAGAAUAACCAAAUUCUGCAGCUAAAAGACCAGAUUUUAUCCUUAAGUCGCGAAAUAGAAGAGCGCCAUUCCGAACUGGAGAGGCUUCAGCAAAGGCGGGAAAGGGAGAACCAGGAGGGCACAACUCUCAUCUCAAUGCUCAAGUCCGACAUCGACCUGUCCCACGGCGAGAGGAGAGCUCUCCGGGAUGCCCUGAGGAGGCUGCUGGGCCUGUUUGGGGAGACGCUCAGGGCCGCCGUUGCCCUGAAGAGCCGCAUCGGCGAGCGCGUGGGGCUCUGCCUGGAGGACGAGAGCCCGCCUGCAGGUGAGCACCGACAGCCCUGUGCCCGCAGCCCUCAGGCCGGGCGCCGGGGGUCCUCCUGGCAGUGCGGCUUCUGUGUCUGCUCGCUUGUAGCCCCGGCACUGGACGAGGUGUGGCCCGGGCUCGACGCGGCCCUGCCGGAGCUGGACAGCGCAUUGCCCGAGUGUGCCGAGACGUCGUCAGUGGCUGAGAUUAGCAGUCAUGUCUGUGAGAGCUUCUUCAUGAGCCCAGAAAGCACGCUGGAGUGUGAGCGGCCCGUCAGGAGGAUCUACCAGAGCCUGGGCCUGGCGGUGGACGGCCUCCUGGAGAUGGUCCUGGACUCCACCAGGCAGCUGGAGGAAGCACGUCAGAUUCAUUCUCGUCUUGAGAAGGAGUUCAGCUGCAAGAGCGAGGAGACGGCGCACGUAUUGCGGAAGCACCGGGAGCUGCUGGAGCACCUGGACGCGGAGAGCGCGGCCAAGGCCCGGCUGGCGCUGGCGCUGCACACGGCGGAGGGCAUCGUCGAGGGCUUCACAGAGGAGAGGGCUGGCCUGCAGGAGGCGCUGGGCCAGAAGGAGGCGAGUGAGCAGGGCCUGGUGGCUGAGCUGGAGGGCCUGAGGCAGCAGCUGCAGGGCGCGGCCCGGCGGCAGGCGGAGCUGCAGGAGGAGAACUCGGUGCUGUGGAGCCAGAAGGAGGCCUUGGCUGUGGAAGCCAGAGAGAGGGAGACCGCUCUUCAGAAGGAAGUGGAGUCGCUCACCAAGGAGCAGUCGGAGACCAAGGAGCAGUCGGAGAAGGACCGUUCAGCUCUGCUCUCCCAGAUGAGGCUCCUGGAGGCCGAGCUGGAGGAGCAGCUCUCGCGGCAGCAGGCGUGCGCCCGGCAGGCCGAGGAGCUCUCCGCCCUGAGGCAGCAGAUGGGCUCCCUGGACCAGCAGCUGCGCCGCCAGCGCCAGUUCAUGGAUGCGCAGGCGGUGGAGCGGGAACGCGAGCGCGAGGACUUCCAGCAGGAGAUCCAGAGGCUGGAGGAGCAGCUCCGCCAGGCAGCCCGGCUGCGACCGCCGGGUCCCCGCGACAGCGACAUUGAAUUGUUAGAAGAAAAAUUGAGAGAAAAAUCAGAUGGACUUAAUGAACUGAUUAUAAAGAAAGAUUUGGCAGAUAGACAAGUAUUAAUCCAGGAAGAGGAGAUUAAACGUCUGCAGGAGACAAACGCCAGCACCACAAGAAAACUGAUGCAGCUCCAGGGAGAACUGGAGAGACAGCGGAAAGCUGCGAGGGACCUGGAGCAGGACAAAGAGGCAUUACAGGAACAGCAGAUGAGUAACUUGCUCCUGGUGUCCACACUGCAGUCUAAACUGGAUGAGGGCAAAUGCCUGGGGUCACCUGCGGACAACCGUCCUGACGAUGCAGAAGUCCAGCUGGAGGCGGUGCACAGGACGCUGCUGCAGCAUGAGGACGAGGUUGUGUAUAACAGAAGUUCUGAAAUUGAAGAGCUGAAAUCCAUUAUUGAGAAUUUGCGAGAGAACCAAGAGAGGUUACAGAAGGAUAAAGCACAGGAGAUUGAACAGCUCCAUGAGGUCAUCGAGAAACUGCAGGGGGAGCUCCCGCUGAGGGGACCCACAGUGCCCCAGGCCGGUGACGGCAGAGCCGCCAGCCUGCAGAGCGAGCUGCUGGGCCUCCCGGCCGAAGGAGCCAGGGCCUGCGCGGAGCUGGAGGGCGAGCUGCGUGCCGCUCUUGAGGCCAAGGAGGCCCUGAGCCGGCUGCUGGCCGAGCAGGAGCACGGGCACGGCCAGGCCCUCGAGGCCCUCCAGCGGCGCCUGCAGGCCGCAGAGGAGGUGGCCGUGCGGCAGCUGGCCGCAUCGGGGCCUGGCGCCGCCCUCAGGGAGGCCGAGGUCCAGGCCCUGGCCUCCCAGAUCCGCGAGUUCGAAGCUGCCCUGCGAGCCAAGGAAGCGAAGAUUGCAGAGAGAGAGUUAGAAAUCGACUCUCUGUGCCGGCAGAAGUCAGCCCACUCUGCUGAGCUGGAAGCCAUCCUGGCUGCCGUGGCCCGCUUCCGCUGCGCCCUAGAGCAGCAGCUCCUGGCGGCCUCUGGGGAGCCCCCCAAGCUGCAGCGGCUCCGGGCGCAGUGUGUCCACCUUAGCUGCCAGCUGCAGGCGCUCAACCAGUGCUUCCUGAGGUCCCAGGAGGAGCCGGACGAGCGGCAGGCGCAUGGGGCCCACGUGGCAGGCAGCUCCCGGGGGCGGGCGUCCUGGGGAGAAGAGGCCUCCUGCCACGAAGAGGUGGAACAGGAUGUGUGUGGCAGGCGGCCGGCUGAGGCCCCCCACGGCCAUGGCGGCGACCCACAGAGCCCUAUUAAGGAGGAUCCACAGCUGGCCAAAGCCCUGCAGACGUUGACCCGCGCAGGUCUCAGCCAGCAGGACAGCGUGAUGUCGGUGCUCGCGGUCUGCCAGCGGCAACUGGAGUCUGAGCUGCUCUUAGUGAAAAAGGAAAUGUGCCUGCCUGCAGAGAAUGGAGUGUCGGGAACAGCGAAGGAUAAGGAAAAACUACUGGAAGAUUGUCAGCUGCGGAAAGUUGAUCUCAUAGAUCAGGUGAAACAACUUCAAGAAAAACUGAACCAUCUGGUACAUUGCAUGAGCUUCCAAAACGUCAGGACAGAGGACUUUAAAUUUCAACAGGCAUUGGAAUCUCCACAUGUUUUAGAAAAUAAUGCGAGUGAUAGUUCCAGUAACAGUGAAGAAACUGACAGGUCAUCUCCUGUUGAUGCGUUUAAUGUCACAUGGGACCUAGUUGACAUUAUUGGAAAUCAGGAUUCGUUGAUACGAAACGAGGUGCCAGAUACUUCCACAGGAGAGCAGGUUGCUUUGCAAGACAGGUCACUCUGCUCACAGGGGAGCUUGUACGGGUGUUCCCAUGACCUCUCCCACACCCAGGGGACCAAGCCCUUGAAGAAAGUGCUCAGGACGAUGGACCUGUCCUCCUGGAGCUCCCCCGAGGUCGUCAGGAAGGACUCAAUCUCUGAGCGCCCCCGCAGCCUGCCCCUCACACCCUGCUCGGAUGCCCUGAGCCAGCGCAGUCUGGACACCUCCCUGUGGGACAGGACGAGCACCCAGCUGCUCCAGGCUGACCAGUUGGGGCUGCUUUGUUACCCGGGCGAGUCAGCGGCAGGAACGGCCCCUAAGUGGGCGGGGUCUCUGUUAGCUGCAGACGAGGCCCCCUCCACUGACCACCAUGCUCAGCGGGUGCCUGUGGAGAAAGAUGUUGAAGAUUUUAUCAUAACGUCUCUUGAUUCUCAAGAAAAGUCAAGAUCACCUCCUCUUGGGUUAGAAGGAAAAAGCGAUGGAAAAAGUGGUGGCACGGGGUUUGGAGAGACACUAAGCCAAGGCUCGGGAAGACCGGGAGCGCCCACUGCUGGUCCUGCAGCGCCUCUCAGCCCCCGGGGGUUCCGACUGCCGCUGGGCGCCAGGAAGGAGAAGGAAGUCCAUCCGAAGCAAGUGAAGGCUUUGCUGCAGAUGGUGUGUGACGAGAGCCACCACAUCCUGGCCCUGUCCGAAUACCGUGGACCCCCGAGCGUCCUGAGCAGGGGCGAGCCCGGCGCCCCCCUCGACUGCCCCACGAUGGGGGGCCAGGGCCUGCUGGAGGCAGCACCAGCUCCCAGGGAGCAUCCCACCCCAGGGCCCCCAAAGGGGGAGAAGGAACUUUCCAACGUGGGCCUCGACUGGAGAGGGGAAUUUCUGCAGAUUGUCCAAGAGGCCUUUGAAAAGGAGCGGGAGAUACUGAGAGUCGAGCUUUGGCCCCGGCCCUGUGGCUCAGGCCCUGGGGGCUGCGGCUCCCUGUUGGAGAGGCUGGAGAAGAUGGUCCAGGAGCAGGGGGAUCUGCAGGAGAGGUCCUUGGAGCACCUUCGCCUGUCGGACAGGAGCAGCCUGAUGUCCGAGAUCCAGGCUUUGCGCGCCCAGCUGCGGAUGACGCACCUGCAGAACCAGGAGAAGCUGCAGCAGCUGUGCGUGGCACUGACCAGCGCGGAGGCCCGCGGGAGCCGCCAGGAGCACCAGCUGCGGAGGCAGGUUGAGUUGUUGGCGUAUAAGGUUGAGCAGGAAAAAUGUAUAGUAAGCUACCUGCAGAAAACCCUGCACGAAGAACAGGAGAAAGCAAAUAACGUCCGGAAGCUGCUGGUGGUGGAACAGAACACAGUCAGAGAUCUGAAAUCUGAGCUCUGCGAGUGUAGACAGGACAACGAGCGGCUGCUGAAGUCCCUCAACGAGGUGCAGAAGGAGGUCCUUCAGCUGAGGUCGGUGCUGGACAGUAAGGAGGAUGACCUGCAGGCCGCGCUGCAGCAGCUGGAGGCCGAGCGCACCCAGGAGCGGGCCCUGCAGAGCCGGCUGGAGGAGGAGCGGCUGCAGCGCCUGCAGAGGGAGGGCCAGAGCGCCAAGACCCUGGAGGAGUUAAGGGCGUCUUUGGAGAAACAGCGCGCUCAGAGUAACCAGCUGUGCGUGGCGCUAAAACACGAGCAGACGGCGAAGGACAACCUCCGGAAGGAGCUGCAGAUCGAGGCCUCGCGCUGCGAGGCGCUGCUGGCGCAGGAGCGUGGCCGCCUCUCGGAGCUGCAGCGGAGCCUGGAGGCCGAGCAGGGCCGCUCCCGCGAGCUGUCCGAGGCCCUGCAGCACGAGCGCCUGCUCACGGAGCGGCUGAGCCGGCGGCCGCAGGACAGGCAGGCGCAGCCGGCUCUGCUGCAGAAGCUCAGGGGCUGCGAGGCCCGCGUGCUGGAGCUGGAGGUGGCGCUGGAGGCCACACGGCAGCGAGCCCUGGAGGCUGAGGCCCACGUGCACCGCCAGGAGGUGGAGAGGGAGCAGGAGCGGGAGUUAGAGCUGCAGCGCCAGCGGGACGAGCACAAGAUCCAGCAGCUCCAGCGGACGGUGAGGGAGCUGCAGGCGAGGGAGGCCGUGCGCCCCUGCCGGGAGCCCGAUUUGGAGCCCGAGCGCCCCCGGGAGCAGCAGCGGGGCCUAGAGAAGGUGCGGCAGCAGCUGCUCUGUGCUGCGGGGCUUCUGACCAGCUUCAUCAACCAGACAGUGGACAGGACCAUCAGUGAUUGGACGUCGUCAAACGAGAAGGCGGUGGCGUCCUUGCUUCACACGCUGGAGACGCUCAAGUCUGAAUUGGGCGCGUCCAGCUCCUGCCGGAAGAAAACGACGGUGGAGCUGCAGGUCCAGCUGGUGGACGUCCUGCUGAAGGACAACGAGUCCCUGAGCAGAGCGCUCAGCACGGUGACACGGGAGAGGGCGGAGCUGUGCAGGGCCGUGUCCCGGCUGGAGAGGACCCCCCGGGCCCUGAGGACCCCGCAGGAGGGCUGUGCGCGCAGGAGGUCGGACAGGUCUGCGUGGAAGCAGGACAGGAUGGUCUCGCCGGGCUCAGCACGACACCCAGACCCAGCACUGCCCACGCCAGAAGCUGGCGCCUGCAAUGCCAAGAUGGAAAAAUUGUACCUGCAGUAUCUGAGAGCAGAGAGCUUUAGAAAAGCCCUGAUUUAUCAAAAGAAGUAUCUUUUGCUGUUGAUUGGUGGAUUCCAGGACUCUGAACAAGAAACACUCUCCAUGAUCGCCCACUUGGGAGUAUUUCCUUCCAAGGCAGAUAAGAAAGCGGUGGCGGCUCGUCCUUUUACGAAAUUCCGCACUGCCGUCAGGGUGGUGAUCGCUGUCUUAAGGUUACGCUUUUUGGUUAAGAAAUGGCAGCAAGUAGAUGGCAGAGGAGCCCUAGCGCCAGGCCGAGCACCCCGCCCAGGAUUCCUGGUGCCCCGGCGGCAGCAGUCUCCACCCGACACCCGCGAAUCCCCACCAACCCGGGACGUGUCUUCCAGCCACGCCCGGGGCCCUGUGCCAAAAGCGUCCCCUCGCAGGAGGGAAAGAUCCAAUCCGUCCCCAAAUCCCAGACCAGAAAGAUCCCUGACUGCUUCCCAAGAUCCAGAACAUUCCUUGACGGAAUACAUUCACCAUUUAGAAAUGAUCCAGCAAAGACUGGGAGACGUACCACCAGAUUCUACUUCAGAGAAGUCCUGCUGCCAGAAGAGUAAACAGUGAAUGAAGUCCUGUGACAAUUGUAUUUGAGGAAGAGGUUUGAUUUUCUGUGGGAGCUUGUGAUGUGGUGGGUGUGCUGAGUGGUGCUGGGCACCAGCCCCGGUGUCGUCAGUUAGGUGCUCUCACCCUUACGCUUUGCUGCAAAGCCAAGUGGAGUAUUUUCUGUGAUUUCAGCACAACUUAGCUUCUUACCUUGAUGAGGUAGCUGUGCGCUCAUGAGUGACGGGCAUCUGCCUGGUUCUCUGUUGAUCGAGCCUCCCUGCCCACCCACGAAGGGUAAGCAGAGGAUGGCUUCCUGUUGUUUAUUUUCUUAAAGUGUACAGCUGGAAACUUGGUUUAAAACAAAAACACACACAAAAACAAAAAGAAUAAAAUUAAAGCCCUGGUGUGUU